GGAGCUGCUGGUUUGGCGACCCCGUCACUUCCUGGAGGAGGGGAGCGCUCGCAGCCCGUGUUUUCGGACCUCAGCUUCAGACCUCCACAGUCGGUUUUUUGGCGUUACAUCCGUCAGGAUCCACCGGAAGACUACCACGCACUGUGAGCAUCACAUCAUCAGACCCACGCGACAACAUGGACUUCUCUAUCCGCGCGGCCAAUGUGGAGGACUGCAAGGACAUCGCGCGGAUGAUCAUGGAGUUGGCUGAAUAUGAGAAAGUCUCAGAACAUGUGAAAAUCACACAGAGAGACUUGGAGCAGGACGGCUUCUCCAAGAACCCGUUCUUUCAUGGGAUCGUCGCUGAGGUGCCCGAACAGCACAAAACCAAAGACGGUCAUACGAAGAUCGGAUAUGCACUUUACUUCUAUUCCUACAGCUCGUGGUCGGGCAGAGCCGUUUAUAUGGAGGACUUGUACGUGAUGCCUGAGUUCAGAGGGAAGGGCAUUGGCAAAGCACUGAUGAGCAAAGUCGCUCAGCUCGGCCUGGCUGCCGGCUGCAACCAGCUCAACUUCACCGUCCUGGACUGGAACAAAUCCUCUAUGGACUUUUACAUCAAGCAGGGAAGCUUCAACAUCACGACUACCAUGGGCUACCACUGUAUGCGCUGCGAGGGAGAGGCGCUGGAGCACCUGGCCCAACCUUAACCCGACGGCGGGCUCAUGACGGCGUCACGCAGUGCAGGGAUAGAGCACCACUCAGUGGCCCCGUUCCAAAACUUGACGAUGACAAUCGUUAAUCUGGUAAAAGCAGAUUAUUGAAAUAGUUGACUGUUUGUUAAGCUCUGCACCCCUUAUUUCUGGGACUAUACCUAUCAAGUUUUCCAUGCCAGUACAGCACAAAUGCGUCUAACAAUUAUAACUGAAGUGGGUUUACAAUGACAAUAGUUUACAACAAUGGGUCACGUGUUUUACGGAGGUACACGAAAGAAGGUUUACUCAUUUUUUCUGAGAAUUUUGUCUCACAACAACUAAUUUGAUUAGCUCUGUUAGCUUGCA